GUUGUCUAAACCAUUAUGCAAAGGACUGUAGACUAUAUCGAAAUGAAGCCCCAAACAAGGUUCCUGUCUGUUACUGAAGAACUUCUGUCUUACAUUCUGAGUUUCCUUCCUCACCGAGAUAUUCUUCGGUGUACAUCUGUAUGUAAAACCCUUCGCCAAACGUACUUGUCCUCCUCCAGACUUCAGUACAUCGUUGAAAUGAGUGGGCAAAAGUUGCUUGCUGUCCCCAACACAGACAAUAGCAUACCUAUUUCCAAGCAUCUGCAAUUUUUGAGAGACAAAGCUCACGCAUGGUUCAAGGUUGACCUUCACUCCUUCAAAACGGUCCCCGUAACAAUGUCACAGUAUUUUCGCGAAAAACCUAACAUUGUUGCUGGUGGGCAUUUCUGCUGGUGGAGCAGACAAGAAGAUACGGCUAUGAUCUUUCCGGUACUUCCAAAGCCCUCGCAACAGUCAAUCCAGCGGAACUGGCUCCCAGGAAAGUUGUGUUCGGUUCCACACUCACGCAACCUUGAUGUGUUUAUGGACCCAGCACAAAACCUGAUCGCUGUCGCUUAUGUUGUUGAUCACAAGGCCGUCUAUAUUAACCUUGGAGCCCUGGAUAGUGAUGGUGUUCACCCUGAGGCUGCUGGAGAGAGACUGUUUCUGUCAGACGACUCAGAGAACCGCUCUGAAACUAAAAGUGCAAAGCUCAAAGGUUUUGGGAGGCAUAUCGCUUUGUCGCAUCGCCUGGACGAUGUAAAUUUGACUUCGUUGGACAAGGCGUGGCAGCUGCAGAUUUGGGACUGGAAAUACUCAACAACAUCCAGUAGCAUCCUCAGCGGUGCAGUACCCAACCGGUCCUACACCGCAAUUGAUUUUUGUUUCCUCGGGAACAAUCGAUUGCUAGUUACAACCGAUAACUUGAAUCUCUAUUCAAUUGAGGACAUGUCCCAGCCGCCGGAAUUGCUGGCGUGUUUCCUGAUGCCCAAGCUAAUGGAGUUACGGUGCCUCUCUCCGAUAGAUGAUAUUGGGCAUAGUUCAGAGUCGCAUAUGCAAGCCCAAUCGACGAUGUACACCUCAGACCCUACACAUCAACUCAUAUGUCUUACCGCGUUUCCUACUGUUGGCAGUCUCCUUUCUAGUACUCAAGUCUUCAUCAUUUCUACGAGGAUUUUCUUCGACCUCGACGGAAUGGCAGCAGCAACGCCAAUACCAUGGCAACAUUGGGGCCCUUCAAAUACUCGUGUUUUCCACUACUGGCAUAGUUUCCAAAUUCACAUUAACGGGAAUCGAGUCUUGCAGGCAUUCCCUGUCGAUACACGAGCAGAAAAGUGGCAGCCCGUAUUACAUUUGAUGGACUUUAGCCCGCUAGCUGUGACAAACAGGCGGGGUCUAGGACGAGUGGUGAAAAAGCCAUCCACGACAUACAUCAGUGACUCUAACGAUGAAUUUGGAGAGUACUUGACCACAUCCCUACCUUACGUCGAGGUCGUAUUUUCGGACAGAAAGUUCGAUUCUGAUGAUUCAGAGUUGCAGGACAUAUGGAUCGACAGGGAUAGGAUUUAUACGCUCAAUGCAGAUACGGAACGCGUAUGGUUCGGUGGCAGUCCGCUUUUCCAAGCAGGGUCUACUGGCAAACUGGAGGUCAUUGACGUCUAGCCUUACUUACAGAGCGGUGUGGUAUCAGCUAGUCGAUGAUUAGCUAGGUAUUUAUGGAGAUCAUUGGUUGAGGAUACCAUCUUCAUUCGACCAAGGCCUAAAAAUCUGACUAUGGGAGACUACAUGUGUUGCUAUAGAGUAUAACUCUCGAGGCCAAUCCCCACAUAUUUACGUCCAGACUACCACUUGUAAUCAAUGUUUCCCUAUCGAUACCAAAUUUAACCAUCUG